AUUAGCGCAGAGCCGGCUCAGUGCUAGGCUGUGUGUGAGGGAUAGCACUUCGUCAGCCCGCUGGGGAAAACUAUCAAGAAGUCUCAAGAGGUCACUGCCAGGAUGCCUAAAGUCAAAGCUGCAGCCGCGGGAUCGAAGACCGACGCCAAGAUGGUGGCCUUCGCGGAGAAGGUGUUUGCAUCGGUAGUUGGAGAUGAGGAAACCCGGGAGGAGAUCUCCAUCUUCGACGUGUCUGAGGACUGUCCCAUCAUCCACCACGCGAGGAGUGACCAGCUACUGCUGGAGACGAAAGAGAGCACAGAGAAGAGGAAGAAGCGUGCGUACCAGGCCCAAACCAUGGCGGUCGCCAUGAGUGAGAAGCAAAGCCUGAUCUCCAUCCAGGAGAGUGAAGUCGGCGUACCCACCUACCAGGAUGUGCCAGCAUUCCAGCGCGUUGCCAUCCUCGGAGACUACGCCUCAGGGAUGACCGUGGAGGACUUUGAGCUGGUGUGUAACGGACUGUACCGUGCGCUGACUAUCCGUGAGAAGUACAUGAGACUGUCCUAUCAGCGCUUCCCCUCCACAGCCUCCAAAUACCUGCGUGCCAUCGAGGGGGAGACCUGGAAGAGUGAGGACCAGGUGCAGCCAGUGUUCACCUCUCCACCGAAGCCAGGCGAGAACCCUCUUUCGCUUGAUGGUCUACCUGAGAACCUUGGCUACCACGCCCGCAUGAAGGACGGAGUGAUCUAUGUCUACCCCAGCAAGGAAGCAGCAGGCAAGAACCAGCCUAAAGACCUGUCCUACCCCGACUACGAGACCUUCAUCGACGACAUGAACUUCCUCAUCGCUCUCAUCGCACAGGGACCCACUAAGACCUACACCCACCACCGGCUGAAGUUUCUGCAGUCCAAGUUCAACGUGCAUGAGAUGCUGAACGAGACGGAAGAGAUGAAGGAGGUGAAAAACAACCCUCACAGAGACUUUUACAACUGCAGGAAGGUGGACACUCACAUCCACGCAGCAGCCUGCAUGAACCAGAAACACCUGCUGCGCUUCAUCAAGAAGUCGUACCGAGUGGACGCGGACCGGGUCGUGCACGACGCCAAGGGCAGCAAGAUGACUCUGAAGGAGCUCUUCGCAUCUCUCAAGCUGCACCCCUACGACCUCACUGUGGACUCGCUCGACGUCCACGCCGGCAGGCAGACCUUCCAGCGCUUCGACAAAUUCAACGCCAAGUACAACCCAGUGGGGGCGAGCGAGCUGCGCGAUUUGUACAUGAAGACAGAGAACUACAUCGACGGGGAGUACUUCGCCACCAUCAUCAAGGAAGUGGGCUCCGACCUGGAGGAUUCCAGGUACCAGUAUGCGGAGCCCCGCCUGUCCAUCUACGGGCGCUCUCCCAAGGAGUGGACCAACCUGGCCAACUGGUUCACCAAGCACCAGGUCUACUCUCCUAACCUGAAGUGGAUGAUCCAGGUCCCCAGAAUCUAUGACAUUUUCAGAUCCAAGAACUUUGUCCCACAUUUUGGGAAAAUGCUGGAGAACAUUUUCCUGCCUGCUUUCGAAGCCACUAUCAACCCCCAGAGCAACAAGGAGCUGAGCGUGCUGCUGAAACACGUGACAGGGUUCGACAGCGUGGACGACGAGUCCAAACACAGCGGCCACAUGUUCUGCACCAAGAGCCCCAAGCCCGAGGAGUGGACCGCUGAGAAGAACCCGUCCUACACCUACUACAUCUACUACAUGUACGCCAACAUCAUGGUGCUGAACCAGCUGCGCAAGGAGCGCGGGAUGAACACUUUCCAGUUCCGUCCUCACUGUGGAGAGGCGGGGGCCGUCACUCACCUACUCGCCGCCUUCAUGACGGCCGACAACAUCUCUCACGGGCUCAACCUCAAGAAGAGCCCGGUGCUGCAGUACCUGUACUUCCUGGCACAGAUCCCCAUCGCCAUGUCUCCUCUCAGCAACAACAGCCUCUUUCUGGAGUACGCCAAGAACCCCCUGCGGGAGUUUCACCAGAAGGGUCUGGUCAUCUCCCUCUCCACCGAUGACCCCAUGCAGUUCCACUACACCAAGGAGCCCCUCAUGGAGGAGUACGCUAUCGCUGCCCAGGUGUUCAAGCUGUCUACCUGCGACAUGUGUGAGAUCUCCAAGAACAGCGUGCUGCAGAGCGGACUCUCCAUGGAGGAGAAGACACAUUUCUUGGGGCCGAACUUCCUGAAGGAGGGUCCCGAGGGGAACGACAUCCGCAAGACCAACGUGGCUCAGAUCCGCAUGGCCUACCGCUACGAGACCAUCUGCUACGAAUUCAACCUCAUCAAGGAGGAGCUCAAAUCAUCCGACUGAACCAGCAGCCCGGAAGAGAUCCCCUUUACCCUUCACCAGCUUCAGCCUUAAAACUCUGAAAACUCAAUAAAGGAUCGUCAAUUAAUAUUGCACCUGCACAGGCAUCAUACCCAUGUGCAUGCACAGAUGGAUUCAAAUAAAGUGCCUCCUUUUCAUCAAACAAA